UCACAGCUAGACCGACUCUGUAGCGCUUUUCUUACGUUAGCCGACGAUGGCUAAACAUCACCCAGAUCUUAUCUUCUGUCGGAAACAAGCCGGUGUUGCUAUCGGAAGACUGUGUGAGAAAUGCGAUGGAAAAUGUGUCAUCUGUGAUUCGUACGUGAGACCGUGCACAUUGGUGCGAAUUUGUGAUGAGUGCAACUACGGAUCUUACCAGGGACGCUGUGUGAUCUGUGGAGGCCCCGGGGUGUCUGACGCCUACUACUGCAAAGAGUGCACCAUCCAAGAGAAAGAUCGGGACGGAUGUCCUAAGAUUGUGAAUCUGGGCAGCUCCAAAACGGAUCUCUUCUAUGAGAGGAAGAAGUACGGCUUCAAGAAGAGGUGAAGACAGGAUGAGCCUCCUGUUCUAGUUUUUCAGGGGGGUUUUUUUCUUCAACACUUUUGAGAACUUUUUUUUGGAUUUGUCAAUAAAGCUUGCUUUUAUAUCUCUGUUUUCA